AUGGGAAGCACAGUGAUGGAGCCCGGCAAGGGAGGCUCCAAGAAGCUGCCCAAGAGGAAGAGAAGUCUGCGUAUUAACAUGCCUGACUUCUCUCCAUUCGCUUCUCCCCAGGUCGAAACGAGUUGCUCAGCUAGAAGUCCGAAGAAGGGGGAGCGUUGCAUCCCUUCAGCCAGUCCGUCCAGAGGAGAAUCCGCCACGAACCCGCCACCGUCACCGUGUCUACAGUUGUCCCCAGUGCAGUCCAAAUCCAGCUGGGGCUCCCCAAAGAACAUCUUUUCUUCUUCCAGCUCUCAGAUUUCCCCACCCAAAUCCCCCCGCCGCCUCAGCUUCAGUGGCAUCUUCCGCUCAUCAUCCGGCAACAACUCAACAAGCAUCAAGAUAUUUUCCAGAACCCGUAGAGCCUCUGGUGUCUCCACACCACCCACCACCCCAACACAGGCCUCCAACCAGUCUGUGUUCACCCAGGAGGCCCAGCAGGGCGGCCCCAGCCCAGAACGCUCUUGGGAGCGGUCCCGCCCUCGCUCGGUGUCCACGCCUCUGGACACGGGACAGCGCCUCGGUCUUCCCUUCACUAAACCCCCGAAACCUUCUUCCAGCCCCGUGCCGGCACAUUCUACCUCGCAACAGGUGUCCGGUUUAUUCGAAGGCAUGCUGGAGAAACUUGAACUAGACGACGACGCUGCCGAGCCAGAGAAUGAUAUUUACAUGCGCUUUAUGAAAUCACACAAGUGCUACGACAUUGUGCCAACCAGCUCCAAGCUGGUCGUGUUCGACACCGCUCUUCAAGUUAAGAAAGCCUUCUUUGCCUUGGUUGCCAAUGGUGUGCGAGCAGCUCCACUGUGGGACACAGAGAAGCAAAGCUUUGUAGGCAUGCUGACAAUCACAGACUUCAUCAUCAUCCUUCACAGAUACUACAAGUCACCAAUGGUGCAAAUAUAUGAGCUGGAAGAACAUAAGCUUGAGACGUGGAGAGAGGUUUACCUUCAAGCAACAUUCAAGCCCCUUGUCAACAUAUCACCUGAAGCAAGCCUUUUCGACGCCGUGUACACUCUCAUCAAAAACAAAAUUCACCGCCUGCCUGUCAUCGACCCGGUCACCGGGAAUGCACUUUAUAUUCUCACGCACAAGAGGAUCCUCAAGUUCCUCCAGCUCUUUAUGUGUGAGAUGCCAAAGCCAGCUUUCAUGAAGCAAACCUUGGGGGAGUUGGGCAUUGGCACGUACCAGGACAUUGCCUUCAUCCACCCCUGCACGCCUAUCAUCAAAGCCCUCAACAUCUUUGUGGAGAGGAGAGUGUCUGCUUUGCCUGUGGUCGAUGAGUCAGGCAAAGUUGUGGACAUUUACUCCAAGUUUGACGUCAUCAACCUGGCAGCCGAGAAGACUUACAACAACCUGGACAUCACGGUUACCCAAGCCCUCAAGCAUCGCUCCCAGUACUUCGAAGGAGUCAUGAAGUGCCAUAAAAUGGAAACAAUGGAAACUAUUGUGGACAGAAUUGUCAAAGCAGAAGUACAUCGCUUGGUGGUGGUGGACGAGCGUUCCAGCAUCGAGGGCAUCGUCUCGCUGUCGGACAUCCUCCAGGCGCUGGUGCUCAGUCCGGCAGACAGCUGCAAGGAGGAGAACCUGACCGAGUGA